AUGGUAGAAACAUACAACAUUGGGUCUCGCAGCGAAUGCGAACGUCUCGUGAAGAGCUGGGGCUUCAAACAUGUUUUUACCUGGGCUGAUGGGAGCAACGCAUACUACCCGCCUCAUACACAUGGGGGCCUCACAACGCACCUUAUCCGCCGGGGGACAAUGACAAUAGCUUAUCCCGACGAUAAUGCCAAAUCGACCAGUAGGGAUAUCAAGGAGACGUUCGGGGUUGGGGCAAGGGUGGAUGUGCCCGCUGGCAAGCGCCAUGAGGUUUGGAUCGGAGAUGAAGGUUGUGAAUAUGUAAUUGGGGAAUAGGUCGUCGCUUCAGUGGUCCUAGUUGCAGGGCUAUUGGUACUUGUUUAUUGCGCUGCAUGUCAGUUAUGGCAGUUGAAGUACUUGGAUAAUAUAUACCAUUUAUAUUUCUGUGG